GGGCAGCAUGUGGGGAGCGAGCCCGGGGUGGGCGGCCGAUGCGGUGAGUGCGGGCUGGAGGGGAACGGGGGAAACGGCCGCUCCUUUUAUCUUUCAUUUCCUCAGACCGUCUUCGUACUACGCGCGCCCCGCAGGCCGCUUCGCCCCACUCCCACCCCGCCGCCGCUGGCGAGCGCUCUGCCAGGUUGGGGAAGAGGGUGGGGGCGUAGGCCACCAUCUUUGGGGAAGCCUCCGACUCAGCUGGAGAGGUACUGGUGCUGUGGUUAGAUCUACCACCCUGCCGUGUCCUUGAGCUCUGAUGGGAUCAGCUCUGGAGGGGGUCGGUAAAGAGGGUGACUUCAGCAGUGGUUCCCUGAAGCACAAAGGGGGAAAUGCCUCAAACUACAUCAGAAGAUUUUUUUCCAAAGACGGAAAGUUCAGCUGAAGAGAUGGAUACCUCUGAUACCCAGUGGGGCUGGUUUUAUUUGGCUGAGUGUGGUAAAUGGCAUAUGUUCCAGGCUGAUUCAAACAGUCACUGCUCUGUUAGCAGUGAAGAUAUUGAAAGGAGCUUUCGAACAAACCCACAUGGUUCUGUUUCUUUUACUACUGCAAAAUUUAACUACGUGCUAGACUUUUCAGGUCUUGGUGUCUUGCAUUAAGGACAGUAAUAUACUUUGUCAUCCUAGUUAUAUUAAAGCCAGUGGAAGUUUUGCCAUUGAUUUAGUGGGGCUGAAUCUCAGAUGGUUAUUUUAACAAUAAAUGUUUUGUUUGUGUAAUAUUUGCAUAUUUUGACAACUCAUAUAAAUGACAGUUAUUCUGAGGCCAGUAUUUAGAAACAUUUAUCGAAAAUGCUAAUUUAUUAGUUGUUGAAAUAGGAAUUCCUGUUAAACAACUUUUGCUGUAGUAAUGUUAUUUUUUAAAAUGACAUUUAAGUGUUUCAUAUGCUAUAGAUGACUUGCAGAAACUUUUGUCUUAACUCUUGUUUUAUGCUCAGUGAUGAAACAAAUCAACCUAACUACCCUUAAGCAACGUCCAAUAAAGCGAGCUCCCUUUACUAUCAAUGCUUUCAGUUACAUCUGUGAAAAUGAGGCUAUCCCUAUGCCUUCACACUGGGAGAAUGUAAAUACUGAGGAGCCUUAUCAGCUUAUUCCAUUGCAAAAGAAAACAAAUGAAUAUAAUGAAGUUUCUAGUCUCUUUGGAAAAACAAUGGAUAGCCACCGAAUUAAAAGAAUUAAGAGAAUACAAAAUCUAGACUUGUGGGAGUUUUUUUGCAGGAAAAAAGCUCAACUAAAGAAGAAAAGAGGUGUCCCAACUAUUAAUGAGCAAAUGUUAUUUCAUGGCACCAGUAAUGAAUUUGUAGAAGCAAUAUGUAUUCAUAACUUUGACUGGAGAAUAAACGGGAUGCAUGCUGCUGUAUAUGGAAAAGGGACCUAUUUCGCAAGAGAUGCAUCGUAUUCCAGUCGUUUUUGCAAAGAGGACAUGAAGCAUGGAGAUACUUUUCAAAUUCAUGGCGUGAAUCUGCAGCCUCAUCUGCAUAGACCAGAUAAAGUCAUGUUUCUUGCUCGUGUGUUAACUGGUGACUAUAUCAAUGGCGAUUCAAAGUACAUGAGGCCGCCUUCAAAAGAUGGAAGCUUUGUGAACUUGUAUGACAGCUGUGUGGAUAAUACAUGGAACCCAAAGAUUUUUGUCAUCUUUGAUGCCAACCAAAUCUACCCUGAGUACUUAAUAGAAUUUUGUUAAGUUUGAAAGGAGCUGGACUGAAUGUUGUGUCUUUUUGAUACUUUUGUCCCUCUUGUAAAGACAACAAUGUAAAAACAUGAAGCGUGAAAGGAGAGAGGUGAAAGAAAAGUUAGCAUAUGCUUAUGGAAGAUGGAAGCUAUUAAACAUUUAAGAGAGAUUGUUGGACUGUGUUUAAAAAUCUGUAGACAUUACUAAUCCAUUUUUCAAAUGCAGAGACUAUUACAAACUUGAAAUUGCUUAAGGAGCCUUAAAUACAUUGGGCAUUGGUAAGUUUUCAAAGGCAAGAUUUAUGUUCUGAUUUUUUAAAAUAUAUUACAAGUAUUUAUUCAUGUGGUAAAUAUAUGCCUGUAAUAUAGUAUGCAUAUGGUGAAGCUGAUCUUUUUAGAAAGAUUGUCUGUAGAACAUAAAAAAAACCCAAAACUAACAACAGAACCCCAGGGAGCUUGGCUACAUAUGUGUGUAUGUCUGUGUUCUGUAGUACAUAUUGCUUUGUGUUUGAAGGUCUCUUAUUUUGGAUUCUAAACCUACCAAAAAAAAUCCUUCUGGAGAAAACUGAUGAAAGAACUAUGAAGUUCACCAAAGCUGUUAUGUUUAACUUUAGGUCCCUUUUACUGUAAUCUUCAAUUAUAUACUUGCAAAGCUUUAGUCAUAUACUUUUAAGAUCACAAACCUCUUGCACUAGGAUUUGGACUUUGGUUUUUAUGGAAAUUAUACCCAUAAGCACUUGUGGUUGUUAAUUGCUUGAUUUGUAACUGUUGAGGUCAAUGUUAGGAUGUCACCAGUGCUGUACACCUUUGAGUUCUUACUCUAUAAAAUGUUUGUCCUAUUGUUAUA